UUAUAUGAACAUUCCAUUAAAAUACUGAUUAAACCUCCAAAUUCCAAAUCCAACACCCAUAGAUCGCAAAGCCGAAGAAGACCCUCCAAAUUCCAGCUACCCCUACACGUUCUUUUCUUCUCUUCAAAAUCCCAAAAAGAAACCCACAGAAGAGACCCAACCCCAUCAACGAUUUCAGUAUUAGCUGUUAUUAGCAAUUUUAUCCACCAAAAGAUUCACUCUCACCGUGGUACUUUGCGUGGAAGGGGAGGGAUGAACAUUUACCGCAAGUUCCGAAUCUUCUACUUUUUCCCAGCUUAGCUGAAAACAGCGUGUGGGCGCGUCUGUGUUUUUUUCCUCACUACUUUCCAGAUGGCUAAGCGCGUGCACGAAGUUUGGAAAGGCAGCAAUAAAUUUUUUCUUGGUGGGAGGUUGAUUUUUGGACCUGAUGCUAGGUCACUGCUUGUCACCUUAAUGCUAAUCAUCGUCCCAGUCGUUAUCUUUUGCAUUUUCGUUGCUAGGCAUCUUCGCCAUGAGUUUUCAUCAUAUAAUGCAGGAUAUGCAAUUCUGGUUGUCACAAUUGUCUUCACUGUUUAUGUAUUGGUGCUGCUUCUACUUACAUCAGUUCGGGAUCCAGGUAUUGUUCCCCGUAAUUCACAUCCACCAGAAGAAGAGUUUCGUUAUGACACUUCAGCAUCAAUGGAGGUUGGUGGAAGACAAACACCAAGCCUCCAAUUCCCUCGAACGAAAGAAGUAAUGGUUAAUGGGAUCCCUGUCAGAGUUAAAUACUGUGAUACCUGCAUGCUUUAUCGCCCUCCUCGUUGCUCGCACUGCUCCAUUUGUAACAACUGUGUGGAGCGUUUUGAUCAUCACUGCCCUUGGGUGGGCCAGUGUAUCGGACAGCGGAACUACCGUUAUUUCUUUUGUUUUGUUGCUUCCUCAACUCUUCUUUGCAUCUACGUGUUUGCCAUAUCUGCUUUUUAUAUUAAGGUUCUAAUGGACGAUCGUCAGAGCACAGUCUGGAAGGCAAUGAAAGAAUCACCUGCAGCUGUGAUUCUAAUGGCCUAUGGUUUUAUUUCUCUGUGGUUUGUUGGUGGACUCACUGGCUUUCACUUGUAUCUGAUAAGCUCGAACCAGACAACAUAUGAGAAUUUCCGAUAUAGAGCUGACAACCGAAUCAAUGUUUAUGACCGUGGCUGUUUAAAUAACUUUCUCGAAGUGUUCUGUACGAAGGUGAAACCUUCAAAGAACAAUUUCCGAGCUUUUGUACAAGAGGAGACCCAAAGAUCUACAACUGUACCCAUCGCCCGUGAAUCCGAAGCUGAAGAUAUAGGUGACCGUCGCAUGAAAGUAGAAGAUGACAUGGACAUAGGUGGAGAUCUUUUAAAGAUCUCCCAACGUCAUAAUAUUGAAGACAUUGAAGCAGAUAUUCGUAGCAGAGGGAGUGAUGUGCCGCAUCAUAAUUCCUCCGAGGCCGAUUCUGCUCUUGGUUCUGAUAGACGAGGCCCUGCUGUGCAACCCGACACAUGGCACUCAAGUUGGGGGAGAAGUAGUGGGAGCUGGGAGAUUGCAAAUGAGGUGGUUCGCACAAAUUCAAAUGUCACAGAAAGUAGAAGUUAUGCCACACCGAAAGAAGCAUACCAAUGAGCACAAAAGGACCGGUUGGCGGAGCAUAUAUCGAUUAAGAGGUGACAUGUACAGUACUUGGAAGGAGCCAUUCACUUGGACAAUUGUUGGUGCUUUCUGAUUUUCGGAAGGAAAGAUGCCAUCUGUGAGGUAAUCUAUGCAAAGUGGAUUUGAUUUCGUAUACCCUAGAACUUGUUUUUCUCAUGUCAUCUAUCUUGAAUGGAUUGGUCGAAUCUAUUUUUGACAAAAACAGUGAAUAGAAACGUCUUUAUGUGGGGAAGACUAGGGAAAAUGCCUUAUCUUUUUGUAUUUUCCCUCUAACAUUAAUCUGGUGUCUAUUGAUGUGCAAUGGUGUGCUUUUCCAUGGAUUGAUUUUUCUCAUACUGGGUUUCAUUCUUUGUGUAAUUAACUCCCUUUCUCAUAUGUAAAAGAUAUCCAGUUUUCUGGUGUGAUUGGUAUUUGUUUGCUCCCAAAUUUGCAGUAUCUGGGUGUAAAUUUGGUCUGUUGAUACAUGAAAGCUGAUUUGCUUAUUUUUCA